AUGUCAAAGUCGGACAAAGCCACCACAACUUUUGAUUGGGAUGCUAAAGACAAGAUGGCGGCUUGGUUUGUUUCUCACUGUAACGUGCAAAGUCGUCGACUGGAAUAUGUGCGGCACCUUCAGCGGGAUGUUAGCGUCCAUGUUUAUGGUAAAUGUGGCAACAUGAGUUGUCCCCGCUCAAUCCACAACAAUUGUCUGAAUCAACUGCAGACUCGUUAUAAAUUUUAUUUGGCUUUCGAGAACAGUCUCUGUGCAGAUUACCUCACGGAAAAAGUUUCUAAGCUCUUACAGGACGGGAUUGACGUAAUACCGGUUGUACGGGGAACGGGAGACCUGUACAAGAUGCACCUUCCUCCCGGUUCAUAUAUUAAUGCGCAUGACUACACUAUAAAGGGCCUGGCACAGAAAAUGCAAUCUAUUUCACAAAACCGAACAGAGUUUGAGAAAUAUUUUUCCUGGCGGAAACAUUACUACGCGGAGGAAAUCGAUCUGUUUUAUUGUGAUCUUUGUAAGAAGUUGCACAGCGCCUACAAAUACAAGCGUUUGUAUGAAUCAGUUACUGAUUGGCUGUUUGACCAUCCAGAUCAUCGGAACUGUCGUGAACCAGUUGAUAUCUGA